UGGAAAUCAUAUGGUUUGACAACAACAACUGGCCGUCACGCCCAGGUCACGCCGUAGAGCCGCGAGAGCCGUCGCCGUCACCAUAGCACCAAAAUUUGAUUACAGCCCUGUUUGCACUGGUUUCCAGAGAUGCUUCUGAGAUGCGUUUCAAGGUUGACAAGGCCUGCCAUUAAUGCAGCAGCUUUGAGAUUGAAUUAUUCAGCUUCAAGUCGAACUGCAUUCUUUUCAACUGCUUGCUUGCACCAACCAAACAGGCCCAGGCAAUCGACAUCCUACAAAAGACUGAUUCACAAUAGUUACGACAGGACCAAACCUCUUGAUCUACCAACCUAUGAUCACAUUUGUAGUGAGACACUAGAAUCAUUGACUGAGUUUUUUGAACAAGCAGUAGAAGACUGUUCUCAUUUGAAAGACGCAGACGUGACAUAUGGGGAUGGCGUUUUGAGCAUUCACUUUGGUUCGCCUUAUGGAAGUUACGUCAUAAACAGGCAAAGACCCAAUCUGCAAAUUUGGCUCUCUUCUCCAACGAGUGGUCCGAAGAGGUACGACUUCAUUGACGGCCGCUGGAUUUACAAGCACGACGGAGUCUGCCUGCAUGACCUUUUGGCGCAAGAGACCUCUGAAAUCCUCAAAACUCCCAUAGACCUCUCUACAUGCGCUUUCUACAAGAUUUAAAAAAAUCCUAAUAAUAAAAUAGUCAAACCAGUUUAAAUAAUAAUACCAAGUCAAUAUGGAGUUAAUGGAAGACGGCAACCUGAUGGACCGGGUGCAGAUUCUCUUGCAGAGGGACCUAGGCUACUACGAAGAGCACCAAACAG